GGCUGUUUUGGAAGUUAAAAAAAAAAGCCUCUCACUCGCGCCGUUAUCGUGCUCCCAUUUCAUUUCUCUCAACAACACACUCACUCUUCUAUUCCCUCUCAGCUUCUUCAGCUUAUUCAGCUUCAGAUUCAGGUUAACUCAACCAGCGUUGCACAUUUGACGACACAAUCCAAUUCCAUGGCGCAUAUCGAAUUAGAUUGUCCGGCGAGUGUUAAGAAACAGUUGGCGAAGGUGUUUGAGGUGUCUCUGAGGACAACGGUGCCUGAUGAACGCGAUGUCUUGCCUUCAGUUGAUGCCUGCGCUGCCAAAUCCGGUGUUAAAUUCGCUGAUUACCAAUGUAAUAAUGCAAUGGGUAUAUUCGCGAAGAUAAAAGGAAAGCAGUCAGGAUUCAGGGGUCCACCGGCAGUUGGACAGGCAAUAGUUAAAAAUCUUCCGCAGUCUGAAAUGAUAGAAUCAUGCUCUGUAGCUGGUCCUGGGUUUGUGAAUAUCGUUUUGUCGAAGAAGUGGAUAGCAGAGAGAUUGGAGAGGCUGUUGAUUGAUGGUAUUGAUAACUGGGCACCACGACUUCCAGUGAAGACCGUUUUGGUUGAUUUUUCCUCACCUAACGUAGCAAAGGAAAUGCAUGUUGGCCACUUGAGAUCUACCAUUAUUGGGGACACGUUAGCCCGAAUGUUUGAAUUUUGCCGUGUGGAAACUCUUAUUAGAAGGAAUCAUCUUGGUGACUGGGGGACGCAGUUUGGGAUGCUAAUAGCUCACCUCUUUGACACGUUUCCAAACCCAGAAGAUUUUAAUGAAACAGCAAUUGGGGAUCUUCAGGCAUUCUAUAAGGCCUCCAAAGUGAGGUUUGAUAAUGAGCCUGAGUUUAAGCAGAGGGCACAAUUGUCGGUGGUCCGACUCCAGAGUGGAGAAGAGGUUUAUCGCAAGGCAUGGGAACGGAUCUGUGACAUUAGCAAGGCUGAAUUUGAAAAGGUCUAUCAGCGCCUUGGGGUUAGAUUGGAGGCAAAGGGAGAGAGCUACUAUAAUGAUUUAAUCCCUCCAACUUUGGAUAAAUUGGAUAAAUUAGGGCUGAUCCAGGAAGACGAUGGUGCUCGUGUGAUUUUUAUUGAGGGUGCAAAUAUACCAAUUAUUGCUGUGAAAAGAGAUGGUGGCUACAACUAUUCUUCAACUGAUAUAGCAUCACUUUGGUACCGUUUAAAUGAGGAAAAAGUUGAGUGGAAUAUAUAUGUUACUGAUGUUGGGCAGUGGCAACACUUUGAUAUGCUGUUUAAGGCAUUUAGGCGUGCAGGAUGGCUGCCAAAGGAUGAAAACGAGUUCCCCAUAUGCACUCAUGUUGGCUUUGGUCUUGUUCUUGGGGAAGAUGGAAAACGAUUUCGUACUCGCAGUAGUGAUACUAUUAGAUUGGUAGAGUUGCUUGAUGAGGCAAAAAAACGCUGUAAAGCUUCCCUUCUCGAACGUGAUGCUGUUAAAGAUUGGAGUGACGAUGAGAUUGAAAAAACAGCUGAAGCAGUUGGUUACGGGGCUGUUAAGUAUGCUGACUUGAGGAUCAACAGAUUAACGAAUUACACAUUCAGCUUUGAUCAGAUGCUCAAUGAUAAGGGCAAUACAGCUGUUUAUUUGCAGUAUGCACAUGCUAGGAUCUGUUCCAUUAUGAGGAAAUCUGGUAAAGAUAUUGAGGAAAUAAAGAAAAAUGGGAAGAUAGUGCUGGAUCACGAAGAUGAACGAGCGUUGGGGCUUCAUUUGAUACAAUUCCCUGAGGUCUUUGAGGAGUCACUGACUAAUCUAUUGCCUAAUGUGCUGUGUGAAUACCUCUAUAAUUUGACAGAAAUCUUUACCAAGAAGUUCUAUACUAAUUGCCAGGUUGUGGGGUCGCCUGAGGAAACUAGCAGACUCUUGCUAUGUGAAGCAACGUUAAUUGUGAUGAGGCAGUGCUUUCAUAUCCUAGGAAUUGUACCUGUAUACAGGCUAUGACCUAUCCGAAGAGCUUUUAUAUGCAAAUUUUAGCAACAAAUUAAUUUUUUCUUCGCGGGUACUCAUUGUUCUUGCUAGUGAUCUGCCCCCGGUGUUCUGUCUAUUGUAUGAAGGGAAAGUAGGAAAUUAGUAAAUGUCUGAUUGUAGUUGUACUCAGAAGGUUAUUUAAAUUUUGGUUCAAUGCUAUACGGGCUAUUUCCUUUAUCA